AUGGGCACGCCGACGGGCUGCCCGGAUGAGGCGGUGCUAGCCACUGCGGAGAUCUCCGCACUCGCGCACUGGAAGGCGGCGGAGCAGCGCAGCGGCAGUUUCAGCAUGCGCGAGCUCGUGCGCCGCCGGGACCUGAUCGAGCAGCAGCUGAGGUAG